UCGUGAACCCUGAAGUCUCGCGAGACAGCCCUUAGAGAUAACGCGAUCAAGGGACGCUGUCCGCGUUUUCCGGCGGAAAGCUUUCACAUCGGUGCUCUCUGCUUCGACGUUACUGUCGACACUUCUGAACCCAAGGGGGAAAUAUUAUAAACCCAAGAAAGAUGUCCGUGAAAACGCUUCCAUUGCUUUUCCUCAACCUCGGAGGCGAGAUGAUGUACAUUCUUGAUCAACGUUUACGGGCGCAAAACGUUGCAGAAGAAAAGGCACAGAAAGUCCUGAAUGAUAUUGUAGCUACAAUGUUCAACAAGCGUUUCAUGGAUGAGUUAUUUAAGCCCCAACUAUUGUACUCCAAGAAGGCAAUGCGCACUGUCUUUGACCGCUUGGCUCAUGCCUCCAUAAUGCGACUCAAUGCAGCUAGCAUGGAUAAGCUUUAUGACCUGAUGACCAUGGCAUUCAAGUACCAGGUAUCCUUAUGCCUGCAACCCAAAGAUGUGCUUCUCAUAACCUUUAACCACAUGGAUGUAAUACAUAAAUAUGUAGAAAAUGCUCCUGCUGUUCGCCAGCAAGUGGAGAUGGUCUACAGGAUGCUUAUUGAGACAUAUGCAUCACUUUCUGCUGGAGAGUUCCAGCUGAUUCGACAGACGUUGCUUAGCUUUUUUCAAGACAUGCAUAUCCGUGUCUCCAUCUUCCUUAAAGACAAAGUUCAGAACAACACUGGUCGCUUUAUAUUACCACUGUCAGGACAGCUACCUUGGGGAACAGAGCCUCCAGGAAUUAUCAGAACCUUUGAUGAGAGUGGAAACUGUAAAGAGACAAGCUUUCCAGCUCCUGUUGGUAAUGUAAAGGCUGCGAGAGAAGGAUCCUUUGACAUGACAGGUGAUCGUGUCACCAAACUUGGAACGAACAUGUAUUCUGCCACAAGACCUACUGAAGCUUUGGGGGUGCAAAAAUCAGGAAAAACAACAGUCUCAGAUAUUGACUCUGCUCAGCCAGACCCACUUGCAAAGGCCCACCUAGAUCUUCUUUCUCAGCUGAUUGGAGCAUCUGUCACUCGUGCAGAAUUUCGUCUCAACCUUUUCAACACUGAUAAAGAAGAAGAACAUGCAGCAGCAGUCAAGCUUACUGAGAAGACAGAAUCACAGGUGGUGAAGAUUGAUGCCUCUAAGGAGCAUCGAAGCACAGAGUUAAACCGAAUAAUGGGAGAAAUGACAGUCAGUGAGAGUGGAGCUUGUGGUGACACAGAUCUGCUUGACCUCAUGGACAGUGCCAGCUGAAAAGCCAAUUCCAUGUUAAUGAUAAAGGCAAGACUGACUCAAAGCCACACGCAAUUAUUUUUUUGGUUCAUAGGGUGAAUUGGUGGCUGAAUUAAUAAUAAUAACAAAAUGCAAAAUUUGUACAGCACAUAUACUCCUAAGGAGCAUGCUCUUAGCUCUUAUGAAGAAGAAUGAGACAUGGGCAACAUACGAGGGGCAGGAAAAUAAACAUGAACUACGAAAGAAUAAACAACAGUACUGAUGACGAAUAAAUAGAAAUACAGAAAAUGCAAAGAGGAACCAAGUAACAAAGACUGAGAGUAUUGAGAUUUUACAUAAGUAGCAAUAAGAAGGAAAGGGUGAAGUGGGGAGUAAGAGGGACUAGCAUUGUGGAGACUGGUGUUGGGAAUAAUGUUUAAGGAAGAGAGGCAUGUUUUCAGUCUACAUUUAAAGGAUUCAAUAGUGGACAGGUAGUGGAUAUGGAAAAGGAGAGAGUUCCAUUGUUUUUCUGCACAGUAGCUAAAAAUUGUGAUGAUCAGUAGAGCUUUGCCUGUAUGCCAAACAGCUGUUAAAUCUUGUCACAUAAAUGCAGAAUUUUUUGAAGUUUUAAAGUGUUUGAAAUGAAUUUUCUCUCCUUUCCCCCUCAUUUAACUCUUUAAAAAUCUCGAAGUUUCUUGCUCAUCCAGCAGGUAAACAUGGUAUUGACUAGUCAUGCUAAACUAAACCUUUUUGUACAUCAGGCUGCUGAAUAGGAAAAAUAAUCAUCUACUUUCAUGAGUUAAGUGUUAUUCAAUUUUGAGGUUUGGUCCUUUCACAAAACUAGGUAAUCAGAGGGAAGCUGUGUUUUGGAGACAUUUUAUUAAAUAAAUCCAGCAGCAGCUUGUGUGGCUUAACAUUUGAUAAAUGUAUUUAUUAAAAGAAGAGAACUGAUUCUCAGGUGAACGGUAAAGGGUUCUCAGUUUACUGUCAGAUUGUUGGUGCACUGUAAUCUGUGAACUGUUAAGCAUAUCUUGGAAAUUUCUUGUGUUUUUCCCAGAGACUGCCUCAGACUAUGUCCAUUUAUAAUUGAGAUUGUUUGUAGUAUUUAAUGCCUGCCGUUCACUAUAAACUUUAUGUACAUUUCCCACACAUAAAAAGAACUAUUGCAUGAAGCUUUGUUGAAAGUUGUGCUGUCUCUAACAGGAUUCAUUUUUGCUGCUUUGUUGACAAAGCUUCUUUGAGCAUUAGAUACUGGUAAGGCCAAAGAAUACACAGCCUAGUUUUCACCCUUGACUGCUUUCAGCACUGUAGAACCACAGAAAGUGUAAUCUUUAGCCUGUCAAAUUGAAGCAUUACUCAAACCUGCUAGAGGGUUAUAUUAUUAAUCUUAUAUUGUGUCACAUGUCAGCAAAGUAAGAAUAAAAAAGGAAGAUAUUAGGAUUGCUGCAGGUAUUUAAAUGCACAGUGCUCAGGAAGGGUACUGAACAGUUGCUGCAAUGGAAGAAAGGCUACCAUUUGCUUGAAUCUUGGGAAAGCUUCCAUAUGCUCAUAUACUGGAAAGCGCAAAAUGUAGCUGUGAUAUUUUACAUAUGUAUUUUAUAGUGCAUACAAAAAUGUGAAAAUGCGUGCAUCAGUUUGUUACAGUUAUUAUGAGAUUCUUAAGAACAUUUUGUAUAAGAAUCUUUUAAACUUUAAAUGAAUGUUGAUUGAAGUAAUAGAUUUUAUUGCCUAUUACAUUCUGAUUUAAGGGCAGUUUGCCCCAAAAGAACUACACCAAAACAGUUUUAAUAUAAUUAUUCUUGAAUGGACAUUAAUCAAAACAAAUUUAUGUUGGUAUGUGAACAAACAUUCCAUAUUAAAUAUUAUCACCUGCAGACAUGAUUAUUUGCAUAAGAAUUAUAAAAAAAAAAAAACUGUGUCAUUCAUAGGGCGAUUGGUUGCAGAAUGGUGAACCCUCCCUUGCCACCAAUGUAGCAAAAAAACAUUAGGUCCUGGCUUUUAAUCUAUUAGAAGGCUGACAAUCAUGAAGCAAGUUUACCCAGCCUGGGCCACCUGCCAACAAUAGCUAAUAUCUUAUAUUCAUAGUUUCAGGAUGGGCCUACACAAAUCUUUUUUAACAUCCAGUAACAACAGCCUCUUUUGGGAAUUCCUGAUACAACUUUACUUACUUGGGGGUAAAUUUGUCUGUUGUGUAGACUUAACCUGCUAUAGCUCUCCACCCAAAUUAGGAACCCAUUCACCCAAGGGUAAAUCAUCACCCUUUCCCUUUAAAAUCAUCGGGAAGUGGAAGCAUUUUACUAUGAAAUAAAUCAACCAACCUUCACACCAAACUGACACUUUACAGCUGUUGUGCAAUGUUUUCAUCACUAGCUCAUCACUCCAGAGUGUAAACAUGAAACACUUUGUGAAGGUAUCAUCAAUGCAUGGGUUUUUUUUUUUAUGUUCACUUUAUUUCAAACAUCCGUCCAUCCACUAUGAAGAGAUUCAUUAUUGUAUAUAAAGCUUGAUACAUCUCUU